AUGAGCGAAGAAACGCCGAAGCUUUCGAAGAAACAGCUUAAGGCACUCAGAUUCAAGGCUAAGAAAUCAGAUAAGGCUGCUGAGAAGUUGGAAAAAGUUGAAACUAGCAUCAAAGAAGUGAAAGAGAAGAAGGAAUCGGAGAAGAGAAAAAAUGAAACUGCAGAAGGUGUGCAUCCAAGGAAGAAGAGAAAGACUAGAAGAGGACAUCAUGGAAGAGGUAAGAAUGGUGCACAUAAUGGACCAAGAUUUCUUUUAUUUGUUGGAAAUCUUCCCUAUAGCAUUGAUGAAAAGACUCUCAGAGAGCAUUUUAAAGCUGGAAAUCCCGAUUUAAUACGAAUAAGAAAGGACAAAGGAAUUGCAUUUCUAGAGUUUCUGACUGCCAAGGGUCAUAUACAAGGAAGAAUCGAUGCUUGUUUGGCUCUUCACCAUUCGGUGCUGAAUAACAGAAGAAUUAAUGUUGAACUUACUGCCGGAGGAGGUGGUAAUUCGAAAAACAGAAUUGAGAAGAUAAAAGAAAAGAACGAGAAAUUGAUAAAGAAACGUGUGGAGAAAAUUAAGAAGGAGAAGAAGUCAAAGGAAAGUUCAGAUACAGCUGACUCUAGUACUCCGGAUGAAACAGAUCUGGCAUUGAAAUCAGGAAGUGGUAUUCAUCCAUCCAGACUCGCCAUGAUAGAGAAGAGUAAAAACUGA